AUGGCAGAUAUACCAUCACCAGCAGCAGCAGCAGCAGCUCCUGUCGUCCCCGCUCCUCCUCUGCCGAACGAACCAACGUGCGUGGUCUGCGGUCGAUACGGAGAAUACAUCUGCGACGCGACGAACGACGACGUAUGUAGUAUAGCAUGUCGCAACAUAUGCAUCAGCAGACGCGAAGUGACGACGCGAGCGACGUGGAAUGAUCAACAGGACCAACGGCGUCAGUCGGACGAGUCCGACGACGCGCUUCGACAAAAGCUGGGUAUUCGAGCCGCCGCUGUCUCGGCAGCUGGCUCUGGUCACGAACAUGAGAGCCGAUUACCAUUGGUGUUGCCUCGUCUCCUCGUGGACUUUACACAUGAGCAACAAGAUGAUGAACGAUUGCCCACGGCAUUGGUGACCAAUCUCCUGGCGAAUCACUUUGAAAGCCCCACACCGGUGCAAAUGCAGACAAUCCCUUGUGUGCUGCAAGGAAGCCACGUCUUAGUGAGUGCACCAACCGGAACAGGAAAGACGGCUUCAUAUUUGAUUCCUGUAAUUUCGCAGGUCUUGUUCGCGAGAGAGCAGAAGGAAGAGACCGUGGCAGUGGUAUUGGCGCCAGUCCGAGAGCUUGCGAUUCAGAUCGAGACAGUGGCAAAAAUGAUGAUGCGAGGUAUUUAUGACAUGAAGACAGCCUUGUUAGUGGGCGGACUUCCCGUCCCAACGCAGCGCUAUCGACUACAAAGCGGCGUCCAAUUGAUUGUGGCCAGCCCCGGUCGCUUUCUUGACAUCUUUACAAAUUACAGUGGCGGCGACGCUCUCCUGCCUGCAAUUCGAGUGUGCGUAGUUGACGAGGUGGACGUCAUGCUUGGCGUUGGGUUUCGGCCUCAAAUUUCGCAAAUUGUAGCGUUGCUGGCUGCAUCUACCAAGAAGCACAUUCAGCUUUUGUUUUUUAGCGCGACGAUAUCGAAGGAGGUCGAAGCGCUGGUGCAGCAGGUUUUAAAGACCCAACGUACUCAGUCUUUCAUUCGCAUCGAUGUUCGUAAGGAUGCAUCCGAGACCAGCUUACCGACGGAGCUGCCGAGUCUGUGUAUACACUCCGGUGCACGCCAUCAGGUCCGGUGGGUGGAAGACAAGGAAAAGAAAAACAAGCUGUUUGAGUUUUUGGGAACGAAAGGAAACGAGUCGACGCUUGUCUUCGUAGGAUCGAAGCUUGGUGCGACAAUGCUAGCAGAAGCGAUUCAAAAGCGCUGUAAAACUAGUGCAGAAGCGAUUCACUCGGACAAAACGCAGCAAGAAAGACUUCGUCUGCUCGAGGCAUUUGUGAACUUGGAGGUCCCAAUCCUGGUGUCGACAAACGUGCUGAGUCGAGGGAUGGAUCUGCUGAAUGUCGAAAACGUGGUGGUGUACGACUUUCCGAAGAAAAUCGCGGACUUCGUUCAUUUAAUCGGUCGCACAGGGCGUGGAAGCCACAAGACUGGAGACACGCUCACGCUCGUGAAUUCAGCAGACCGCUUGCUUUUCCGUGAGCUUGCUUCGAUGCUACGGCAAGCAAACGUGUCCGUGCCCCGCGAAAUGUACCACAGCAUUCGUUUACAAGACGCUAAGAAGCGUGCGUAUUCGAAUGACAUUGUUAUCGAUGAAUCCAAGCGAGCUUUUCGGAUUAGAAAGCAAAUGAUUGAUGGAACCAGCAGUGUAGCAUCGGAGUGGAAAGAGUGGAAUAAUCAGCAAAGCCGCAAGCGGCGCAAAACAGGAUCGUAG